AUGGAUUCAUUAGAAGCAAGAUUAAGAUUUAUUAGCAUUUUGAAAAACCUUCAAAAGACUUUAAAUUUGAUAGAUAUUAAUGAUAUAACAACCAAUAUCAAUGAACCUCCUCCACAAACACCACAGCUACCAACAGCAAGUAACACUACACUACCUACAAAAACAAAUGCUAAUAAUAAUAUCAAUAGAUCCAUACCAGAUAAUAAGAACAUUAACGACAAUAGCAACAAUAAUAUCAGUUCAUCUGUAAAUAAUGAAGCACUGACAAUUUCAACAUCAACUACACCAUCUUCUUCUUCGUUAUCAUUACAAUCACAAACAUUCAAUUUAUCACAUACAACUACAGACAAUAAAAAUAUAAAUCCAAUUGAAUUCUACUUGCAAAAUUAUAAAGACCAUUAUGAAGAUUUUCAUCAAUGCUUAAUUGACACCAUGAAGAAAUUUAAUGUUUUGGACAGACUACCAAUAACUAUAUACUAUUUCAAAUUAAUCUAUUUGUUGUAUUAUGAUAUUGAUAAUGAGUUAAGUCGUACCAUUUUAACCCAAUUCAUGAUCCCAUCAAUAAUGGAUGUUUUAGAUUUAAUAUUACCUGAAAGUGAUAUAAUAUCAUUGACAAAUCUACCAUUAUGUGAAGAUAUGAUCAAUAAACUUCUAACUAGCCCCAACAUUACCAAGAUUAUAAAUAACAAUUUAAAAAAUCAAUUAUUUGUCUUCUUACAAAAACGCUCUAGUUUCAAGCAAAGUGUAUUGGAUGGAUACAGUACCAAGCAAGUUAUUACUAUUAAAAGUGGACAAACUGUAGAGAUUCCAACGAUUUUAAAUAGAAUGGAGAUAGAUAGAGAUAGACAUAAAAGAUCAAAGGAGAGUAACUGGAAGAUUAAUCGAACUCCAAUAUCUUCGACAGGCCCAUCUGCUUCAACAGGAUCCUCCAUAGUCCAAACAAUCUUAGAUCCAAAUGAAUUUAAAAGGCAGUGGGAAACAAUAAGUCCCUUAACCAGUACCGAUAUUCAAGAUACGAAAAUCUUAAAUGAGAUCUGCAAGGAAUCGUAUCUUUUACAAUAA